CCCGUCUUGGUUUCCCCUGACCUGCUUCGUUCUCCUUUCUCUUUCUCUCUUUCGCUCUUUUCUCUUUCUUGUUCUUGCUUCUUCUUCUUCUUCCCUCCUUCCUCUUAAUUGAUUACUUCUCCCCCUUUUCAUCCUCUUCCAGAUUCCCGCAAGGUCGCUGGGCGAUCGAUCUCCAUUUCUUACUUCCUCAGCCACCCCAUAGAACUUAACCCCCUCGUCUGAGAGAGACUCCCCCCCCCUGGGACUAUCCACUUUCCCAAAAUAGAUGCCCUUCAUGUGGUGCGAUUUCGCCUUGACUACACAUCUCUGGCUCUACUUCUCGGUACUCCUGGGUCAAUCCCAUUUGGUCAGUGCCAGUUAAGCCACCCUAAUCGCCGCCGCCGCCGUUACUGCUGUCGUUGUUUAUCGCGUCAACUGCGUCGUUUGCCUCUGCUCGAAUUUUUGAGUAAGGGGAGUUCACACAAUGUGGCUCUACCGAGGCGCUCAAUCGGCCGUGUUCUACUACGCCACUUGCACCCCCUGUGCCAAUUCCCUCGACCGUCGAAAGCGCAAGAAGGAAGCCGCCCGCUCGCAACGAGAGAAAGAAAAGAGCGAGGCCAUCGUGACAGACCAACCCCGACCGUUUGCCCAACCGACUCCCUUCAGUACCAAUCAAGGAUGGAUGGAAGAAAUUGCGCUAGGACCGGGCCCGCCGAAGAGGAGGGGCGGCCAUCGCUCGAAUCACUGUCGGACGGAUAGUCGGGAUACAGAUGGGCUUUCCGCCGGCUCGUCUCACGAUUUAGAUUACGAUGGGGAUCAUUCUUCGAAGCGGGAUAGAGUGGGUGCCAGGCAUCUCAGUGAACGCUGGAAUCGCAUGCUCCGGGAUCAACGCGAAGACGAACCGUUAUGGGGAGAAGAAGUCGAGGUCAAGGGAUCCUCAAUUGGGCUUUCAGGCCGAGGCAGGAUAGACGCUGAAUCACAGAGCAAAUACUAUAUCGCCCGGGUCCCUCCUGUGAAUGACCUUCAUCCUCCCAUCGUCAGUGGCCCCAAAAGCAGAGCCGAGACACGAUGGAUGCUACAACCUCCCCCCAGUGCUAGAGUCAUGGCAGGAAAGGAACGCAGUCCAGCUACUGCUCGCCCCCCUGAUUAUGCCAGUCGUCGACUCGACAGCGAAAAGAGCAAUUCUCGAAGCACCGCACAAACCCGUCAACUCCCUCCUUUAACUACUCAACCUUCCGACAAAAAAUCUAACCCUAUACCUCCAGCAAGCUUGCGUUCUCCGAAAACACCAGAACCAAAUACCAAUAUGUCGCAACCUCCACGCCAGCUAUCAUCGUCAUUCUUAGCUUACGGCAAGGAUGAAUCCAACUUCGUCAUCUCACCAUCUGUUCAUUCACCGUCCGACUCCUGUUCAACAUUAUCUUCUCUGUGUGAUACAGAGAUGGAAUCUCCCUGCAUGUCAUUACAGUCUCCUGACACUCCUAUCUCACGGCCUGUUUCUAAAGCAACCAACGAUAAUCUCCAAACUCCACGCCCUACUCUAUCGAAAGCUCUCACUACGGUACAUCGGGACAAUAAGAAGAUCCACUUGCUGCAGUUAGAGCUCCCCGGUUCGCACGAUGAUAUCGAAUUGGGCCAGCUUGAUCGGAUACGACCGUGGCGAUGGAGUAUGGAUAUUUGAAGUCAGAGAAAUGACAUUUGCCUUUUAUGCUACAUUCUCCUCUACAAUACUAUAAUGUGACAGGAAAUUGCUUUUGGAUUUGCCCCCCUUGGGUAGCAGAAUACCACAAUUGGAAAUCCGGAUAUUUUGACACCAAGCAAAAAUCGUCAUCAUUCUCUCUUACAUUUCAUUUUCGUUCUUGUUCUUGUUUUUGUUUCUUUUUUUUUUUUUUUUUUUUU